AGUCGUAGUUGGUAUGUCCGGUGGCGUAGACUCAGCUGUAGCAGCCGGUAUUUUAGUCAAUCAGGGAUUGGACGUUAGAGCGGUAUUUAUGCGUAACUGGGACACAAAGGAUGAGUUAUCACUCAGUACAGUAGGUGGUGUGAAGGGAUGCGAAUGGGAACGUGACUGGGAGGAUGUAAAGCGAGUCUGUCACCAUCUCAAUAUUAAAGACUUGAAACUAGUCGACCUCUCAAAGCAAUACUGGUACGAUGUAUUUGAACCUUCUUUGGAUGUCUGGCGGGAUGGGCGAACACCAAAUCCAGAUAUAGGAUGCAAUAAACAUAUAAAAUUCGGUGCACUACUCGACCUCGUACUAAAGAACGAUGAUAUGUUGGCGACGGGACACUAUGCUCGCAUUUUGAACAACCACCUAUGCAGAGGACGCGAUCGACUUAAAGACCAGAGCUACUAUUUGUCAGCUAUACAAAGAUCUGUGUUGGAUAGAGUCGUCUUCCCACUUGGUACCCUCGAGAAGAGCCAUGUGAGGAGCCUGGCGCGUGAGUUGCGACUCCCAAACGCCGAGCGAGAGGAGAGUAUGGGAAUUUGCUUUGUAGGUGAACGGGGUAAUAGAUUUGGUGCAUGGUUGGAUGAUUAUGUCGACAAUGUACCGGGUUAUUUUCUCACAGAGGACAACAAACCGAUUGGUAAACAUCGCGGUGUUCAUCACUACACAAUUGGUCAGAAGGCCGGUAUUGGAGGGAUGCCAUCGAAAAUGUUCGUUGCUGCAAAGAGAGAUACGGAUAUCAUUGUCGUCAAUAAUUCCCAACAUGAUCUUUUAAAGUGCAAGAAAAUUUUCACACUUGGUGAUACAAAUUGGUUGGCAGACAUUCCAGCAAAGAGCUUUGAGGCACAUGCCCAGGUUAGACAUCGCCAGCAGGAAACAAGAUGUACUGUGGAAGUCGUUGACAAUAAAUUAGAAAUCACAUACCAAGAAUACGAAAUGGCAGUAGCUCCAGGUCAGGUUGUCGCGAUAUAUGUCGGUGAUAUAUGCGUAGCAUCUGCAACCAUAGACAAAACUCAAAGUAUUAUAGACUAGUUAUAGAUUUACAUGCAUGUAUUUUUAAUGUAUCAGGGGACGUAAUUGCAUAUAUUCUGCAAUGAAUGUUCGCAUGAUUGCGUUCCAUCUUGACAUUGUUGGUAUACUAAGUGCAGAUCUGUCAUCAGAUAGUUUGUGCCAGACUGAAGGAAAUGGGUUGGGUAUUACGUGGAAUAUAGGUACACCUCUAUGGAGGAAAGGUAGAUGGUCAUCUGAGAUACCAGAUCGUGAUGUCCUAUUAACAAAAAACCGUGAUUGGAAGUUAUUCGAUUGAUCUACUGUAGGCGUUUCAGCUAUGCUGUUCAAUCUGUUUUCGAUAUCAAUCAUAUGAGAGUGCAUCCACUCGGUUGUUGAGAAGUAGUUGGGAAUUGUUGGGUUAGGUGCUCCCAGUAAGUCCAAUAAAACGAGGUGGUCGAUACGAUCCAACUCAGUUGGAUGAGGCUUAAGACGUCUCUUCGAUACUGGAGGGUGGUGUGCUUCUUGGAUGUCAAUGUAGCUGGUUGACAAAGUCUCGGCGAGGUGUUUUGCGCCAUAUAUUGAGUCGUUAUCUGACCAAUUCUCGAAAGCCUCCUCGCCGUCAAAGAAGAUCAUCUGGAGGCUCAAAUCAUGUUCAUCGAGUUGCCUCCCAUCGAAAGAAGGACCGUAUGAGGUCGUGAAGUUUGAUCUAUCACCACCCGUUGCUUUUAUGUAAGGUGGUAACGGCACUUGACCUGAUUUUAAACCGAACUUAAGUGAAUCGAACUUGUUCAAGAUGGGCGUAAAGAAGGUAGCCAAAUCGAGUAGCAAGGCGCAAGGGAAUGCAGAGUCAGUUGCACCUAGAAACUCAGCGUUCUUGAAGUAUUUGCUGUCAUAGUGUGCGGCUAAAGUCAACCUAAAAGGGGCGUCUUUGUUUGAGUUAACGACAAGAUUGUUGAAUGUCUUUCUACCAAGUGGAGUGUUUGAUUGGAAGGUGUCAAUCGUAGCAUCCCAGCGGAGACGACUGAAGUGAUUAACGAAGUAAUUCAAGACCUGGGUAUUAUUUGGAGUGUCUGAUACCCUUGGGAUUAGAAUACUAUUAAGAUGCUUGUUUAUACCUAUUUAGUUAGAUAUUUAGUCUCACCGACGAGCUACCCACCAGAAGUCAAAUUGCCAGAUAAUAAAUUGACGAGGUUUAACUGACUAAUCUCUAGAGGUUUGAAGGAGAGUGCUAUAGGGAGAAGAAUAAAAAAUAAAAAUAUCAAUAUCCUCAUCGUUCAGGUUAAAGCUACCCUUCAAAGCUAACAAUCAGGAUGUGGUCAGUUGGGAGCAAGAGAACAGGUUUAAUUGGCGUGAAGAGGGGCAUGUCCUUUAUUUACAACGAACUAAAUCAGAAAGUACCAGUAACUCUAAUUGAAAUCGAGAAGAACAGAGUAAAUCAGUUGAAGAAGCCAUCUUCCACUAACGAACACCACUUCGUACAACUACAAUCUAGGAAUCAAUUGAAGGAAUUCCCUGUCACAGAAAACGGUAUCAUCCCAAUCAACACUGAACUUAACGUUUCCCAUUUCAUUCCUGGUCAAUUCGUCGAUAUACAGGGUACCUCCAAUGGUAAAGGUUUUGCGGGUGUUAUGAAGCGCUGGAAUUUCAAAGGUUUAAGAGCCUCCCAUGGUACUUCCAUUUCACACAGAUCACAAGGUUCGACCGGUCAGAACCAAGACCCAGGUAGAGUCUUCCCUGGUAAGAAAAUGGCAGGUAGAAUGGGUGGUGAAACGACGACAGUGCAAAAUUUGAAGGUCAUCAGAAUAGACACCAUAAACAAUCUCUUGUUAGUAAAGGGCGCUAUCCCAGGUAGAGACAACAACUUGGUUUAUAUUAAGGAUGCAGUCAAGAAAAUGCUCAUAGACACAAAGAACAAAGCAAGGAAAUUUGGUUACACAGCCCAACAGGCAUUGCCAUACGGUGUAGACGAUCUCCCUAUGCCAACUAUCAGCCAAGAGAUGGCUAAGUCACUACCAGCAGUCUUGCAAGCACCUGCCAAACC